AUGGAGGGCGCCCUGGCGGCCGGCGAGGGGCUGAAGGGGCCGGAGGAUCUCGAGCCGACGGGGGUCCUCAAGGGCCUCGAGUCCGAGGAGGAGAGUCCUUGGGAGGCAGAGAUCCAGGCCAAGAAGAAGGCCGAGGAGGAGAGGGUUGCUGAACGCAUGAGGAGGGCCGCGGAGGCUGAUAGUACUAAAAGGAGAAACAAUAAGCCAACCCUCUACUUCGCGCGGCACGCGCUCUCCCACGCCGCCACCCUCGUCGUGCUGGACGGACCUCUGGACCAGGAUCUCGGGGGAGCCCGCGAGGUCUUGCAGGAGGGUGGGUACGACGCUGCGGAGAGCCGAUUGGUCCCACUGAACCUCAGCGGCGCCCUGUUGACGCCCGAGGCGGCCCCUCCGGAGCUCUACGUGCAGGAGGAGGAGGGGGGGGCCCACUGGCGCCACUGCAAGGCGGCCGGGGCCUGGAAGAGCACCCGGGAGUCGGAGGGGGACGUCAGGGUCAUCCUUAGCCCGAUGAGCAGCGGGCCCGACUACCCACUCUGGCACCCUGACGAGGUCUCCGGGCACUACCCCGUGCUAUUGGAAGACACGCGGGGGGAUGGCGCCCCUCGGGUGAGGCGCUGCGAUCCCAAGGAGGCCCGGCAGAUUUCCGGGGGCCUCCUUCACGAUUGGCGGGAGGGAACCCGAGCGGGGGUCCCUGAGGAGGUGCUCCUCAUGGGUGCCGCCCGCCCCAUGCCGCCCGUCUCCGCACGCCAAGUGCUGUGGGCAGCGGCCAGCGCGAGGGAGGGCCUCCUCGCGGAGGGAGCCCGGGCAGGGGUGUGCCGAGAUCCCGAUGGGGACUUCAUGGCCGCGGCCAACGCGACGUGGUUCAACGCCUGGAAGGCUAACCCCGAGGACCCCCGGACUGCUUACGAGCGGUGGCUCCGAGAGGCCCGCGGGGCCCGGGCUGGAGGCCACCUGGCGGACGAGAGGGAGCGCCUACGGGGCAGCCUCAUCUUCGGGAACCUCGCGAAGGGGGAUGAGGACGUGCUCCUGGACUGGAUCGUCCAUCUGGCCCAUGUCCAGCACCGCUCGGAGGGGACGAUCCGGGGAAAGCUGAUGGCGGUCCGCCACUGCCAUAUCGCGGCGGGAUACCCGGACCCUCUGGAGCUGGCCCCCAGGCUCGCGCUGGCGCUGGGGGGACUACGGAGGAUGGGCGCCAAGCAGAACCGGAAGUACCCUCUGGAGAGGCUGGCGCCCCAGCGGUGGACCUCGGAGGGAGACCUCCCUCUCUUCCGAGACGGGGAUGGGAACCCCAUCCGGCGGAAGGACAUCACCGACCUCUUGGGCCAGGCGGCGAAGGCGAAGUCCGCCCAGAACUACAACCUCACCUUGGGGAGCUCGAACCGCCCGGGGCAGACCCCGCCCGGGGGGCGGGUCAAGUUCCGGGAGGAGCCCCCGGAAGAAUACCACGGGCCACCUGUCGCAUCGCCCGCCGUGCGGCGGAAAGCUCCGGCGGCGGCGUUCACCAGGCAGCUCCAGGUCGUGGGCGCCGAGAUCCGCGCGGAGUGCUCGGCGAAGCACACUGAGCUGAAGGGUGACAUCGUCGCCAGCUGCCAGGACCUACACGCGCAGCUCACUGCGGAGUGGUCGGCCGAGCUGGCGAGGGCGAGCGAGGGCGGGGCCGCGGGCCGCGAUGCGGGCAGCAAGUGCCUGCAGUCGAGCGCCGCGUCGAUGGGGCAGUUGAGCGAGGUGCUUCGGCUGAUGCAGAUCAUGGAGGCGUUGGCUGAGAAGAUCUGCUCCGAGGCCACUACACGCAAAGCUGUGGAGGCGCGCCUGGAGCAGCGAGUGGCCAGCGUCGAGCAGCAGCUGUUCCCCAAUGGCACAGAGGCCACCGGCGGCCUGGAGCAGAUGCCCGCAGGCGUCCCGGAGCAGGAAGAGCUGCACCGCAAUCAGUCGCGGGCCUCGCUGACGCCAGUGACGGUGCAGACUUUGAUGUCGGACGACCUCAAGGAUUCUUUGGAGAAGCUCGUCGACCGGGUCAAUACAAUGCUGAAGGGGGACGACGGCCCGCUUCUUUCCUCGCCGACAGCAUGGCUGCCUCCCGGCAGCCCUCGCCCCAGCCCGCGCCGCAGCAGGGAGCGCAGCUGUCGACGAGGGCGACCGGCAUCGCUUCCGCCAGUGACGCCCAGCAGCCCUCGCGGUCGUCGCAGGCCUCCGCAGCCCAGCGCCCGGCGCCGCCAGAGCGGCGGCCAGCCUCGCCGAGGGGCCGGGCCUCGCCCGAGAGGCCUUGGCAGGGCAGCGGGCCUCCGCUCGUCGUGACGUCCCCCACGCUGCGCGCCGCCCCCCUGGAAGACGGCCGCCUCCAGAGGGCCAGCGCCGCCUCGGCCGAGCACCAGAACUCGCCCCUGAAGGCCUUCGCGGCGGAGGCCAUGACGACGGAC